AUGAAACUGCGUUCAGGACGCGCACGAAUAUUCCAAACUUCGAUUGAUGAUUAUAUGUUUGGCGAAACCUCGCCUCGACCAAGUCGAGAUAAAAAUAAGAAUAAAGAGAAUGAAGAUAUAUACUUGUCGGAAGAAAUAGAAGAUCCUCAGGAUAGCCCUACAAGGAAAAGAAGACUUACAAAACCUCACCUAGUCGUCACCACCGAUUCUGAAAAUGAAUGUAAUGACGAUAAAGUGGAAAGCGAGACCGAAACUGUUCAUGAUCAAACCGCAGAAUUGGUCAUGCAUGAACCACGUAAACGUAGACGCGACGACUCUGAUAUUGACACUUUAUCCGAUGACUCGGACUAUUCCCCGACUCCAGAAAAUCUGUUUCACUUUGGUGAUUCAUCGGAAUCAGAAGAAAUAUGUGAGCCAGCUAAGCGUUCAAAAAGAACCAUGGGGCAAAGGGCAAAGAAGCAUGAGAAAAGAGGAAUACCUAGGGUAUUGAAUAGCGAUAACGAGGAUAACGUAGAUGACGAGAACGAUGAUGCUGACGGUAUAAUGCAAAAAGAUAAAAGAUUGUCAGCUGAGGCAGAUAAUGACGAAGAGACUGUCAAUAGCGGGUUCGAUGAGGAAGAGUAUGAUUUGGACGAUUCUGUUAUUUUGGAUAAACGUAUGCGUGGUCGUAGGACGUCAAAGUAUAGUGAUAACCUCAAACAACUUUUAGCUCGAAAGCAGGGUAUAACACUAGAAGAUGAGGAAAACGUGGACGACGUCGAAGAGGGAGAGGAAAUGGAUAAGGAAGCAUCUGAUGAACAGAAUAACAGCGAGAAUGUUGAAGAUAGAGAUGCUCCAUUAGACAUGAACUCGUAUAACGACUUGGAUGAUUUUGUAGUCGAAGAAGGUGAAAACGUUGACUUGUCUGGAUUAAAUUUUCCAGCCGAACUUACUUCGUCUGGUUCGCAGAGCAUGAAAUAUCAUUUUCAAGUAUUCAUUCAGUUUCUCGUUUAUCUUAACAAGUUUAGUUAUGACGAAUUAAUGGCAGAUGAAUAUUUCUCAUCAUCAGUCAAGGCCGUAGAGAGAAAAAUUGAUGGCUACAAGAACGUGCUUGUGGCUAGUUCUGCUUGGGCGGCUUACUUCAAAAAAGCCCUCCAUCGAUAUCCUAUCUAUCGUGCAAUACGAAUUCAAGCUUCUCCGUUUUGUGACGCGUGUAAGAGUUCGAGGCCAUCGACCUACAAAGUGACUCUAUCUGGGCCGAAAUAUCACAAGGACAGUUUGCGGGCAAGUCACUACGGAUCUACUUCAUCUGCAUCCUCAAUAUCCUCGUCCUCCGCAGAAGAGGACCAGAAUGACUUCCGUUUUACCUCUAAAUCUACUCGCACGUAUCAUCUAGGCAGAUUCUGUCAGGUACGAGCAAGAGUUUAUCAUGAUUUCCAUCACCUAAAGUUCCAUUACUUUCAAAGAAUACAUGCGGAGAUUCAAUCACGUGACUUUCCUGAAGAAAAACCAGAAGAUAUUGUGACGGAAUUGGAUAAACGUGAGUUCACUACAAUAAUGUAUGGACAGUUUGAGGAGUUGUGCACGAACACAGAGCGGCUGUAUAGGAAUCAGCCUAUUAAAGAAUAUAAUUAG